UGAUGAAUGGCCAACUGCACAUGCAUCCAUGUUUUGUGCAGCCAACGUCAAGCAUGCACGUACACAAAGGCAGAGAUGUUCACCAACUUGUGGGUCUUAAACCCACUGCUCAAUUUGCCCACAUGAUUUGAUCUUGACAGAAAUGGCCAACCAAAAUCUUGUAUCUUUCUUUAUGUAUUUCUCUGCUUACCUUUAUCUCAGACCCUUCUGGCAACCGCUGGUUUCUAUUCAUCAACAAUUAUGAUGAAACGGUCCUACUUUCUUUCCUACUUUCACCAGUCCCAAAUCUCUCCUUUUUAAAUUCCCUUUCCCCAACCUAUCUCCAUCCGUGUCUCCUUUGACAAUCAAAGCAAUCCAUCAUCAAGCCCUCUAAAAGAAAGUUUGAGAUGAAGUUACUAAACUGGAUGCACCGUAAACUAAGGCAAAAUAGCGACGAGCCAUUCAAAGAAUUCACCACUGGGAACUCAUGUGGCUGUUUCUCAACACAGCCAUCGCUUUACGAACAACAAUGCUAUUACGGCCAGAAAUCUGCUAGUGAACUCAAAAUCAAGAGAGUGGAAGGGGUUUAUGAAGAAGACUCGUCUAUUAUGAUCAAUGCGCCUUUUGACGGCUUUCUCACGAUUGGAACCUUUGGAUCAGAACCAAUCAUGACAGUGCCCUCAACACCAACAUUUCCCACGCCUUUCGAUAAGAUAACUGCGAAAGAAACAGAGGUAACAGAGAAUGAAUUGAAACUUAUUAAUGAUGAGCUAGAGAAGUUCCUUGAGGCCGAAGCAAAAGAGGAGGGUGAUGAGUUAUCAGGGAGAAGCAGCUAUGUUAGCAUAGUUACAAUCUGUGGAAAGCAAAUUGAAGGUGUGGACACCGAAGAGUAUGGAGAUACUGUGGUGUGUCCACUCCGGGGAUACCUUUUUGGCUCGUCAAUUGAACUGCCUGAAACAAGCAUACAGGUAAAGAAAGAAAGGACAUCACUGGAGCAGCUCAUCAAGACUAAUAACAUAGUAUAUGACCAUUCUACAAAUAUAUGUGAGGAAGUGAAGAACCAUGCCAAGGGAACAUAUGCCAUGCGUUUAGUCAAGAAGAUUCUAAAAAAGCUCCAUUCUUCUCCAAGAAGCUCUGCAACUUCUGCUGGUGGUGGUGCAGCAGCUGAUUCUGUUGCAACCAAGAGGAAAAUCCCCAAGGUUCUAAAAAUGUUCCACAAAAAAGUCCAUCCUGAAAGAUCGACAACAGGAGAAGAGUUCACUAAGUCACAUAAAUGUGAGAUCAUGAAAAAUUCCACUGAUGCUGGCUAUAAUAAGGGAGGCCCGGCCCUCCAGAACAAAGACAACAAUGGGUCUCCUCUGAGAGCUAUGUUAAAGAAGGAAAUCACCAACUCGAACCUAACCUAUAAGAGGCUCAGCAGCAAUGGUCUGACGCAGAAGAGGGAGCACUGGAUCAAAACAGAUGCAGACUACUUGGUGUUAGAGCUGUAGAGCAGCGGAAGCUGAAAGAAGUGGCAAUUAGCUGUCAUCCUUUCCGAGUGAGCAGGCAUGUGACCAGGCCCCAAGUUGACGGCCUAUGUUCCCUUUUUGUCAACCAACCUUUGUGCCUUCCAAGGAGGUUCCGAAUGAAGUCAAGAUUUGUGGUUGUUUUUGUAUAAUCAUGUUAGAAUUUGUUUGUUGUUAAGUUUUGGACAAGAUGUCUAUUAAUACACUACUAGAAGUGAUAUGUAAAGGUUAUGUUUCUCAACAUCACUCAUAUGUUUAUAAAAGUUUUAAAUGAUGUGUA